CUCUCUUAGAUAGACGGACUGGUUGUUGAUGUACCCCUCUUCCAUUUUCAUUCGUGUAUCCGUUCAAUCUUCGAAGAAGUUUUGGCUUUGUUUCUCGUUAUAUCGACCUUUAAAAGGGCCCUCGCAGCGUUGCUUGUGCCGUCAUCUGCCUCGGAUCUUGCCCCUCACACUGGCCAAGCCGCUCCGACAUAUAGUGUAACAUGCUUUUCACCAGAGAAAAGCGUGAUAUACGCCAUACAUGGGGCUAUACGUAUGAGUGGACUUCAGAGCACCUGACCAAGGAGCAGUUGCGGCCACUGACCUUCAGCUACGAUGUGCUUGGUGCGGAAUGCCUGGACCGGCUUGACGCCAUAAGCCCACCGGGGUCGACGAGGCCGGCCCGGAAGUCGUCUGUAGGAGAUGAUACAGCCGAGGCACCUGCCUCCCGGGACGGGGACGGCGGCAGCAAGAAGGACGUCUCUCCACGACGGGACCUGUACGCCCUCCUAGCGGAACACCACGCCACAGACCCGAAGCUCAACGAGCUGUGGACGCAGAUCCACACCGUCCCCUCCUGGGUCGACUGGGACCAGAUCAAAAGAGGCCAGGACGUCUUCUACCGCUACGGCGGGCCCAGCAUCGUCAGCCUGACCUUCCAGUCCCUGGUGGGCGGCAUGGGCGGGCGGCGCGUGGUCGAGACGCUCGCGAGGACGGGCGGGUUCGGCACCAAGGUGGCCAAGCGCCGCCUGCUCGAGACGUUCCAGCACAUACUGCAGGUGACGCGGGACCUGGGCAGCGUCCAGCCCGGCGGCGAGGGCUUCGCGAGCAGUGUCAAGGUGCGCCUGCUGCACGCGAGUGUGAGGCGGCGCAUCUUGACCCUGGCGCGGGACAGGCCGGAAUACUUUGACCUGGCCGAGUGGGGGGUUCCGAUCAACGACCUGGACUGCAUCGGCACCGUGCUGACGUUCUCGUCGGCGCUGAUCCAUCUCGGCCUCCCGCGGCAGGGCAUCUAUCUGCGCGAGCGAGAAGUAGAGGACUACUCGGCCCUGUGGAGGUGGGUGGCAUACCUGCUCGGCACGCCGACCGACCCGUGGCUGGUGGACUCCCGGAGGGCGAGGAUCCUGCUCGAGAGUCUGGUCGAGGCGGACAUGGACCCUAGCGACAUGUCGAGCGUGCUGGCCAACAACAUCCUCACGGGGCUGAGCUGUCAGCCGCCGACAUACGUGAGCCGCGAGUUCCUCUGCGCCGAGGCGCACUGGCUGAACGGGCGGGAGCUCUCGGACGCCCUCGGGAUCCAGCGGCCCAGUCUGUAUCACCGGGCGUUGGUUGCGGGGCAGUGUCUUUAUUUCAUGGUCAGUUGCUAUCUGUAUCGAUCAGUGCCGGAGUGGGACGAGCGCAAGAAUGAGCGAGUCAGGAAGUUUUUCUACAACCUCACAGUGCACAACAAGGAGAUCGGCCUUGGCACCGAGACCAACUUCGACUUCAAGUACGUGCCGCAGCUAGGCCGGACUACAGAGCUUGGCCAGCCCGAGGGCCCAAGGCUGCGCGUUGGUGCUCCUGAGCGCCAGGGGUUGACGACCCUGGUGUUGGCUUCGGCGCUGGUCGCGGCCGUGGCUUGGUCAGGGUUCAAGGCCAGCUCGGCUGUCAUUGCAGCUGUCCAUGUGAUGUCGUGA